AUGCUGCCAAAGUAAACAUCACCACGACACCACCUAUCCAAUCCUCUCUCCACGUGCCUGUCAAUUCCAUUUUAAUCCAAAAAUUAAUAUCAUCACGUACCACGGAUCAUUAUCAUCAAACACCAUAUCUACAAACUGUAAAAACAAAUAAAAAAAACCAUCCCACCACAAUUUUAUGGCAAAAGUUUUAAUCCUUACACUCGCCUUGGCGACCAUACUCGUAGCAGCAUUUGGUGAUGAUCAGUCCAGCUUGAAACGGUGCCGCCAAAGCAGCAAGAUUCAAGUUGAACAUCUGAACAACUGCCACAUGCAUCUUAUUACUGAUGAUCAGGGAAUAACCUCUUACUACAAGAUUUGGAUGAAAACCGAUAUAGCCCAGCAGCCGAAGAAGAAACAUCAAUAUCUUGAAGCGUGUUGCAACCAGCUAAAGAACGUGGAGCGACAGUGCCUGUGUGAUGCGAUUCAAGAAGUUUUUGAUGAAGCACGACGGCAGGGUAGUGGUGGUGGUGUGGUGAAGAUGCGGCAGAUGUUGAGCAAGGCCCAGAAUCUCCCCAUAGAUUGCGGAAUGGGUGUCGAAAAAUGCCCCUAGGGGUUGAUGCAUAUAUAUAUAUAUAUGGUUUAGAUGAAGAAUGUAUGUAUGUAUAUAUGUAAAAAGAUUAAUAAAUGAUGGUGUUUGACAAUAUUUAGCUUUAUAUUCCAAAAGAUCGAGUUGGUUGUAAUAAUACAUAUAAUCGUGUGCCUAAUUAUAGAUAGGAAA